ACCACUGCACAGCUACAUCUGCCUCUGAAUGGCACAUUUAAACAACAUUUAAACAGAUAGAGACCAUGCAAGCGAACGGGAAGUGGACCCCUCACUCGGUGAAGCGGUGGCAGCUCAGCGGGACGGACUACGAGCCGCAGCAGGUCCGCAGCCGCGGGUUCGAGACCCGCUUCAGCUCCUGGACCCCGCUGAACAACAAGACCAGCAACCUGCAGCUGUUUGAAGAGAGGAUGAAGCUGCUGCUCCACUGGUUUGACCUGUGGACCGACACACAGAGGAAACACCUGCUGCACUCUCUGCUCUCACGCUGCACACAGUCACAGCUCAAGUACUGCAAGGAUCUGCUGAUGGAGACGGUUCCUGUGACUCAUGUGGACUUCACAGCAGUGCUGCCACGCUUCCUGUCCCUCUAUGUGAUGUCAUUCCUGUCUCCUCGGGACCUUUGCUCGGCCGCCCAGGUCAGCUGGCACUGGAGGGUCCUCGCAGAGCAGGACUGUCUGUGGGCCGGCCGCUGCAUCUCCAGAGCUGGUUCCUGCCCUCUCUCUCCAGCAGAGAAAGAGUCUGGAGCCUGGAAGAACCACUACGUGGACUGUGUCUGCACGCUGGACUGGCUCAGUCCACGAGAGGCGGCUGAGCUGUACGGGACCCUCAACCCACAAUGCACCGGGGUGACGGAGGAGGAGGAGGAGAGGAGGAAGGAGAAGAGGAUCAGGCAGAUGAUCAGAGACAAACUACAGGAGGAGAAGAGAGACUCUCUGAGAACCAGGAGAGCCUGGGGCAGCUACACCAAGCCAGGAGGAGGUGGAGGAGGAGGCACCCAGACAGGGAGGCUCAUCUCAGGCAUCACCUUCAGCUCUCAGCCCUCUCUGUCCUCUCUGUCCUCUCUGUCCUGGCCUCCCAGGACCGUGGCGUCCCCCAGCCUCCGUCUCAGCUCAGACCGGGGACCGCCCAUGACCGCAACUCAGACGGCCUCCUGUCCUAGCAGUGGAAGAGCAAGCAAAGCCAGCGGAGCUCUGUUGUCCUUCACCAGCAGACACACAGCACCACCCAUCCACCCCACCACUCCUCCACUUCUACUGCUCAUCUCCGACAGAAUUCCUGCCUAUGAGCUGGUGCUGAGCGGCGUGAAGCCAGGAGUGACGGCGGUCCUGUACGACCACAGAGGGACUCUCUCAGCUCUGCUCAGCCAGGUGAAGAGGGCCGUUUCUGGGCAGAGAGCUCAGAGAGUGGGCCUCCUAGCUCCAGGAGGAACCCAGGAGCUCCAUCUACUGCACAGUAGCAGCCUGUCAGAGAGGACUCUACUGGAUCCCGACCAGAGAGACUUCUGGGAAAAACUGUGUGUCUGGGUGGCCCCGACUGGAGAAGGAGGAGGGAUUGACAUCUUCUCUCCACUGGCUGCAUCUGCAUCAGGAGUGACUCUGAUCCAGAACCUCUCUACUCUGACCGGUCUGGAGGUUCGGGCACCAAUGGGUCUUGCCACAGGAAGUUUCCAGAACAUUCUGAGCGAGUGGUCUGACGGCAUCGUGAGCUCCGGCCCCCCGGAGCCUGCAGCAGCAGCAGCAGCCCCGGCCCUGCAGUACGUGUGUGAGAGUGUGGUGCAGGGCUGGUGCAGACAGGCCCAGUGGAUGGAGGAGGCUCUGGGGGAGCUGAGGGGCCGCCUGGGGCCCCAGCUACAGCAGAUCAGCCUCCAGGCCCGGGGCCGAGCUCUGGGUCACUUUCUGUGGGAGAAAAUCUGCCUCGAGGAGCUUUGUGUGUCCAAAGAUGUGAAUGAGGCUCUGAUUGAGGGACUCACUGCUCUCAAAAGACAGGACGAGAACAGACCUCUGGAGUUCCUCGCUGUCUUCCUGACAAGAUGGAGUAAGAAAGAGAUGGAUGAAGAAGAAAAGUUUAGAAACGAAGGAGCGGAUGAUUUCUCUUUUCCACCUCAGAGCUCAGAGAAGCCCUUUAGCUUGACACCUGAGCUACCACAGACGGCGUUGGAUUGGAGAGGCGUGGCUGCUAGAGAGCUCCACCACAGCGAGGCUCUCUACCUGCAGAGACUGGGAGCUGUGCUGAAGGUUUACCAGGAGCCUCUUACAGCAGCUCUCAACUCCAACAGAGCCAUUAUCAGCUUCACUGACAUGCACAUCAUACUCAGCCCUGUCACACAAAUACUGGAGCUCAACAGGGUGUUUCAUGGUGAUUUACAAGCCCGGCUGCAGCAGUGGGGAGCAGAGCAGUGUGUUGGGGAUGUGUUUGUUAAACUCUGCUCCAAACUCAGAGUCUACACCAACUACCUCAACAACUACACCACCGCUCUCAGCACCAUCGACAAGUGCAGGGAGACAAAGCCUUCGUUUCGGGCUUUUCUGAAGAGAGCUGACAGAACUCUUGCAACACACAUGCUCAGCCUGCAGGAGCUGCUGCUGAGCCCCGUGUGGAGGAUCCAGGAGUACGUGACUCUGCUCCAGGCUCUGUCGCUACACACACACCCCGGUCACCGUGACAACCAACACCUCUCCGCUGCCCUCAACACCCUGCUGACACUCAGAGGAUUCAUUCAGAAGUUGAAGCGUAACUCAGAGAGAGACGGCCUGCUGGCCGAGACGCAGCACAUGAUCCGAGGCUGCCCGAACCUCAGUGAAGGCAACAGGCAGCUGAUAAUCACUCAGGAUGCUGCUUUGCUCAGGAGCCCCGAUGAAAAGAUUCCUGACUCGCUCAGGGUGUUUGAGCAGGUGUGUGACGUGGGCCUGUUCCUGUUUAGCGACGCUCUGGUGCUGACGCGGAGAAACGUGCAUCACACACCGUUCACGCUGGUUCACCAGAGCACACACACCUUCCUGGCCUCGGUGGCGCUCAGCAGCCUGGCCGCCAGAGAGAUCACACACACACGCUACGUGUCCCAUGCCUUCGUCCUGGAGGGUCCGUGUCGUUCCUGGGUCUGUGCCACAGAGCGAGCUGAGGAGAGAGAGCACUUCCUGUCUGUGCUGCGUUCAGCCAUUAACGCUGCUCUGACCGAGCAUCAGUGAAUGCACCGUUACAGCCACAACACAAGACCAGAGGAGCUUUGGACACCACUGUUGGCCUUUUAAUAAUGAAAACUCACCACAACCUUAAAGCAAGACUCUAGAGCAUGGGUCUCAAACUCGCAGCCCGCGGGCCAAUUGCGGCCCUCGUGACGAUAUUUUGUGGCCCCCACCUUAAUAUGAAAGUUUAAUGUGAGUUUUAUAUGAAUGGCACUUUACCGUGUUGUGUGUGGAA